CUCGCUUCAGUGAAGCAAGCGACACGACUUCAAUCUACCGUCGCCGAGUCGCGCCUCACGUUAUUGUUUACUUCUCCACCACCUCUCCUCGAUCUGCGACGACCAACAAUCAAUCACAACACUGCACAUCAUUCUUGAGCAUCAAUAAACGCGCACUUCAGCUUCUCAACUAUGGCUCCUACGCCACCUAAGACGCCCAAGAAGGCAUCUACCGCCGCAAAGAGAGUUGUCAGCGCUUCUCCUUCUUCGCCCGCCACUCCCGGUCCACGUGUGCGCAAGUCGCAGAGAAAUGCCCCAGCACUGGGCAACGAGAUGACCACUGUCAUCGUCGGCAGGGGCCGCGAGAAGUUCCUGAUGCACAAAAGUCUGGUCAUGUCCGUCUCUGGCUUUUUCGCCUUGGGCCUCGCUUCUUCGUUCAAGGAAGCCGAGCGCGGUGUCUUUGAGAUGGAAGAAGAGACUCCCGCUGCAUUCUCCGUCUUCGUGCACUGGAUCUACACCAACCGUCUCUUCAUCAAGAAGACCGCCUCCCCAGGCUCCCCAGCCGCCGAAGACGAUGACGAAGAAUGGGAAUAUCUGCUUCGUCUCUACACUCUCGGCGAGCGCCUCGACUCAUAA